UAGGGCCGCUCGGGUCGUUGAGGUUGCCGCGGCACCGCGGCCGUGUGCUUGGUCCGUCUGUCCGCCCGUUUGUCUGUCUCGCCAUGGCUAACCCGGCGCCCGCUCCGUGGACCCUGUUGCUGCUGCUGUUGUUGCUGCCGCCGCCUCCGGGUGCCCAUGGUGAGCUAUGCAGGCCUGUUGGCGAAGACGACCUGAUCCCAGAAUCCUGUCCUGAUUUCUGCUGCGGCUCCUGUUCCAGCCAGUAUUGCUGCUCUGAUGAGCUGAAGAAAGUCCAGUGGAGUGAGGAUGUGUGUACUGAGUCCGAGGCCAGAUUUUCCACCACCACGGAGGCACUCGAGCAGCUGGGUUCGGCGCUGAGAUUUCGAUCCAGUUUUGACAAUGACCCCAUGUCAGGGUUUGGAGCAACUGUCGCCGUUGGCCUGACCAUCUUUGUGGUGUUCAUUGCCACCAUCAUCAUAUGCUUCACCUGCUCCUGCUGUUGCCUGUAUAAGAUGUGCCGCCGACCGCGCCCUGUCGUGACCAACACCACAACCACUACCGUGGUUCAUACCCCCUACCCUCAGCCUCCAAGUGUGGCCCCCAGCUACCCUGGACCAACGUACCAAGGCUAUCACCCCAUGCCCCCCCAGCCAGGAAUGCCAGCAGCACCCUACCCAACGCAGUACCCCCCACCCUACCUGGCCCAGCCCAUGGGGCCACCAGCCUAUCAUGAGACUUUGGCUGGAGGUUCAGCUACACCCUACUCUGCCAGCCAGCCUCCAUACAACCCAGCCUACAUGGACCCCCCAAAGGCCAUCCCCUGAGCCUGCCUCCCACCUCUCUGACUGCCAUUUGAUUCUGUCAUGUGCGAGUGAGUGGUGUGCGGAGCUCUCUGCUCUCUGUGGUGUGUGUGCCUUGUCUAAACACAUGGCUUCCUCUGACGCUGACCAGGUAGGCACAAAUCCUUACCAGUGUGGGGUGGGACCAACCUGCUUUCUUCCUCACUUGAAAUUAGACUUUCUGAAGUCUCAAGUAAACUAAAAACAUUGGAGGGAGGUAUUUCCCAGUUCACCCCAGGGUGACUAGCCAUGGCCUGUCAUACUUGGAGAGUAAGCUUUUUGUGGGCACAUGUCCUACUCUGGGGAGUAACCAGCUAGCUGCUGCUCAGGGCCAUGGCUUGUCCCCAGGGCUUGGCUGCAUUUUGCAGUGAGGCAGGUAGGUGGGCAGAACAAGGGGUCUGGCCGAAGCUUGGUGCCAUGGGUCAGCUCCUGAUGUCAAAGCACAGCAGGUAGAGCCUCAACUACCACCACCUGUUGUUGUCUGAACUACUCAGUGUCUUCCCCGGGACUAUGGAGAGGGCCACGUGCACUAUUCAGUGGGGAUGCCUUUCCACCUUUGCUGGCCUGGCCCCUGCCACUAGGCAAGGGGCCUCUGUCCGCCUCACGCUCCUGUUUCUCUCUGCAGUAUCAUUUUACUUUAGCCAAACAUUUUGCCUGUUUUCUGUCUCCAAAUGUGUGAUAGUUGGUGUGAGAUUGAAAUCCCUGGUUCCUGGCCUCUGAGUCUGUUUCCCUUGAUACCUGACUCCUGUAGAACAGUCCAGUUUGUCCUGGCAACAGGGACACCAGGGCCAAGGGGCUAUCUGGACCAAAUGGGGGUGGAAGACCCAGAUGGUAGCUCUGGCCUAGACAUGAAUACCUCAUCUUGGUGUUCCCCGUUGGUUGCCGUUCCACCAGCCGUCCUAGCUUUGUGUCUACUGGUGUAUUUCUGAGCAUCCAGCCUCUGCAUCCUUGUUUAUAAUAAAUGCAAACAUUUGGA